GGAUCAAGAAAACAAAAAGAGAAGGAAAAAAUGGAGAAAGAGAAUGAAAGAGUGAUAGUUGUUGGAGCAGGCCCUUCUGGUCUAUCAGUAGCAGCAAGCUUAAGAAACCAAUCCAUUCCUUAUAUAAUCCUCGAAAGAGAAAAUUGUUUUGCUUCACUAUGGAAAAAAUAUUCAUAUGAUCGUCUUCAUCUUCACCUCAAAAAACAAUUUUGUGAGCUUCCUCACAAACCAUUUCCACCUUCUUUUCCAUCAUACAUUCCUAAAGAUAAGUUUUUACAAUACUUAGAGGACUAUGUUUCACACUUCAAAAUCAAUCCUCUGUAUCACAGAACAGUUGAGAAUGCAGAGUAUGAUGAAGGUUCUGAGAAAUGGAAGGUGAAGGCUAAGAAUAAGGAAUCUGGUGAGGUUGAGGAAUAUGAAGGAAGGUUUUUGGUUGUAGCUAGUGGUGAAACUAGUGACCCUUUUGUACCUGAAAUUGAUGGGUUGAAGAGUUUUACUGGGAAAGUGAUUCAUUCAACUGGGUUUAAGAAUGGGAAAGAGUUUAAAGAUGAACAUGUUCUUGUUGUUGGGUCUGGGAAUUCUGGUAUGGAAAUUGCAUUGGAUCUUGUUAACCAUGGUGCAAAAACUUCCAUUGUUGUUCGAAGCAAGGUUCACAUUUUGUCAAGGGGCAUGGUGAAUUUGGGGUUGUUUCUGAUGAAGUAUUUGUCAAUGGAGAUGGUGGAUUCAGUGAUGGUGAUGCUUAGUAAAAUGGUUUACGGGGAUGUCACGAAUUAUGGGGUUGGUAGGCCUAGUGAGGGUCCCUUUUAUAUGAAGGUCAAGUACGGCAAGUAUCCUAUUAUUGACGUUGGAACCUUUCACAAAAUUAAAUCUCGAGAGUUAAAGGUUUUACCAGCGGAAAUAGAAUGCGUAAGUGGGAAGAAUGUCCUCUUCAAAAAUGGCCAAUUACACUCUUUUGACUCUAUUAUUUUCUGCACCGGCUUCAAGAGAUCAACCCACAAGUGGCUUAAGGGGGAUGAUUACCUUUUGAAUGAUGAUGGUAUUCCCAAGCCAAGUUACCCCAUUCAUUGGAAGGGAAAGAAUGGUUUAUAUUGUGCUGGACUAUCAAGGAGAGGUUUCUAUGGAGCUGCUGCAGAUGCAAAAAAUGUAGCAAAUGAUGUGAGAUCCAUCAUGCAAAAUCUAUGAAGUUCAGAAACAGUAUUAGAGAUGAUUCAUCCGCAUAUUGUCGAUUAGAUGCCAGUUGGUUGGGGUUAGAGAGACUCAAGUAUAAUUUAUUUAUAUAAAUAAAAAAUCAAAGGAGAGGAAGAAAGAAAGACUCAAGUAUAACCUCCAAACAUAUGGGGGCCAAUACAAUUUUGUGUAAUUUUUAUUCCAUGUAUGAAAAGAAUUAGAACUUGCUCCAUUAAUUUGAUAUAUGUGUUCCGUCAAAAAAAAAAA